AUCAUUCAUUGUCCCUCUAAGUCUUCGUACCUCACAGUUCAACUGUUCGUUCUUGAUGACCAAGCUCUCAAUUUUUCUCAAAGUACUUCUCUUCACGGCGUCUCGAAAUCUGGUCUUUAACUCAUCCUGUGCUGCACCACAAUUAGUGUGAUCAAGUUGCGUUUAUUGCGGUGAGAUCUAACUCACAAACUUGCAUACCCCAAUCACUAAAGCCCUGUUCUCUUUCGUCGUCCGUCUCCUUCAAGGUGUAUUCGAGUUUUUUCGGCUCGACUUUUCCCGCACCAUUUGUUCCUUUGUCGAUCAAUGAAUCAUAAUCGCGAUUGGGCCUUUGCCCCUCAAGCUCAUGAGAAGAUUUUGGAAUCAAUGGAUCGGAGUACUCUGGUAUAUCUUGCUGACUCUCUCUCGAUGUCUUGUUCUUCGCCUAUUUUCCUUUAGUAUUGUGUAUAAAAUUCCAUAGAUGAUUUAUCUUACCCGUUUCUUUGUAUUGAUACGACUACCUUUCACCUCAGCCAUCGAGAUCCUGCCUUCAGUAAGUAGUCUUUCGGAUUGUAUGGUACGUCUCGCACAAUACCUACAAGCAAGUUUACUUUCCGUGUAAGGACAAGCUUGUUGACAGUUUCACUGGUAUCUCGGAUUGACAGUCGAUUUUUUUUAAGAAGUUAAAGACAAGAUUAAAGGAUCACGUUAGUAUCUGCUUAGAAACUUAAACAAUCGAUUCGUCGGGUGAUUACUUUUCAGAUCUACAAAACAAAAGGAAAGUUGAGUAUCGAGUCACUAUAAGUUAUAUGCAGGAUUCCGAGCGAAUUGCAACCAGAAGAAAUUGCUUUUUCCCAGGCACCAUCCAUAACUCACGGUACGUACUCGUCUAACCCGCUCAAAUUGUUUGUAUUAAUUUCAUCAAGUCGCAAAGGUCCAGUUUUCUGGUCAAUUCAGCGGUUUGAAAAUGGCUACCUGCGGCGGGAUGAAUCGCGAAAAUGAGCGUGAAGAGAAGGGCAUCAAAAGAGACAAGAAGAGGAAGUACAAGUCUUCAGAAGAAACGAAACCCAAGACUGAAAGCGGAGAUGACGAUUUCUACUCGGAUGAGGUAAGAAUAUUUCUCCAAUGAAGUAGCAAGAGUGCUAACCCUUUCUCUUGUAGGAAGAAAAUCCUCAAGUCUCGAAUCUUCGUCCGAUGAACGCAAGUAGAUCUAAGCAUGGCAGCAAUACCUUUGUGAAGAGCGACAGUGACGACGACAAACAAUUCAAGAAAGCCAAAUUCACAGUUAUAAGUAUGCAUUCUAUUCUAACAUGGAAAACUUCCGCCGCUGACCAUAUAGAAUUCCCACAAAGAAAAGUUUGUGCCGUCGUUAAACCAACUUCCAGCCUCCGUCAACACGAACAUGAAAGAGAUCUACGGAAGAGACUUGCCGAAUUGAAGACAGCGAUCCAAAAUGUCUCCGAAGAUUUGGGUGUAAUUAUGAGAAGCGAUGAGGUCUCUACGGUAGAUGCCUUGCACGAGCAAAUUGGAAAGAGAGACAAAGAAAUUUCAAAAUUGAAGGAUAAGAUUAUUACUACUGAUGCCUUGCAUAAGACAAUGCAAGAGAAAGAUGGUAUUAUCUCAGAAUUGAGGGAUGCGAAUGGGAGGUUGCAAAGAGACUUUGCACAGCAGGCUGAUAAGGUUAAAGCAUUUGAGGAUUGGAAGAGUUUGAUGAAGUCAAAUUUGGAUCCUGGAGCUUCUGCAAAGAAUUGAUCUUAGAAGCGGGUUACUGGGAAGUGGCGAACGUAGAGGAAAGUUAAGAGAGUUAAGAAAUAUUCUAAUCCCAUGCCUCUUCCCUGAAUUCAAUUUUGUAUUACUCAGUAUGGCUAUGAAUAUUCCAAAGAAAGAAAGAUACGAAGAUAGAAUCUCAUAAAUGAACAUUUCGUAAUCACCAUUAGUGAUC